AUGGAGGAUUCUUCACAGAAGCGCAUGAGCGUAUCGCGGCCGUCCAAGCUUCCCGUGCCUAGACCAACUUCUGGAAUCCCAAAGCCCACAUCUUCUCUACCCAGACCAACAUCAGUCAUCCGUGCCUCUCCUUCUAGGGAGAGUUUGGGUGGUGGUGAGCUAAGAAACCCAAAGCUUCGACCGUCCAUGUCAAGAGAUCAGCUACGAACAACCCAACCAGAUCUUCAACAGCGAGCUCAAAGGCUACGACCUACAGCUUCAAGAGAUCAACUCGUCGCACCUAGAUCAAGACAAACCUCGAUGAUCAACAGACCUCCUUCACAUAUAUCACCAGCAAAGCCUCCUCAACGAAUUACCUCUGCUGCGUAUCGACCGGUAGAUCGAGAAGCCGACAUUCUCGAAGAGCGAUCUACUACACCUGAAUUUGAUCCACCAGGCGGAGCUGUUGGGCAAUUCGAAGGAACCAUCUUCCCUCGUCAAUUGACUUUGACAAGAAGACCAUCAGAGUCUUUUGCUGUCUCUCCCCUUUACGAUCCACCCGACAACAUCUUCAACCCCAACCACACAAGACCUCGAACCGCUUCGACCGAUGAAGAUGAUAGAUCAGAUACACUCAGUGCUAGUUCUCGAAGGUCGAGACCUUCUCUAUCACAGAGGACCAUAGAGACACUUGCCAAUUCUUCUCCUGCAUUGAGAAAGACGUCAAACUUUUUUGAUCCCAACAUGACAGGACCGCGAUCAAGAGCUGAUAGUGGUGCUUCUCGACCUGGUUCCAGUUAUGCUUCAGAUGGGUCACUGAGACUCAGCCGACCAGGUUCUAGCUCCGGUCAAUCCGAUCAUGGCUUCCCAAACUUUAGAUCCUCGGCCAACAGCUUUAAAGCGCCGUUGGAACCCAUCGAUGGAACGCCUCGAAAACGGUCGGGUACUGUGAUAAGAACGACUCCCAAUACUCGAGCUGGAGCAUCCAAGCCACCACCUUUCGCCGACGCAAGAAGCCCAAGUCCCGGCAAGACAGCUGUGCCUACACCAAUGUCGGCUCCCAAGCCCCUGGCUAUUCGUCCGGCAAGCGCAAAGCCUCCUACCAAAAGCGUGUUCAAGAAGCCAUCUCUUCCUGCACUCAACAAAGCCUCUUUGCACGCGAGUUCUCCCCGACGUGGAUCUGUAAACUCGGCGUCAACUGCUUCCUGGGAUGGUACGAUUCCUUCAAGUGCAACCUCAGUGACAGGCGAGUCAGCGGAGCCUGGGACACCACCAUCAGCUCGCAAAUCUUCAGCUGCUCUUCGUGAGCAAAUCGCCAAGGCCAAGGCAGCCAAACGAGCACAAAUGAAACAAGCAGCUGAGCUCGCCCAAACACAAGAAGGAGAAGAGGCACCCAUCAUCCCCGAAGAUACGGGCUUCGACUUUGGCGUCAACAAUGAUGAUCCAUUCAAUCUGCGACAGGGAGAAGACCCCAAGAAAAAGGUCCUUCAGAACAGAGUCAGUGCUGCGAGGACUAGCGGACGGCUUAACAUCGCUGCCCUGCACUUGAAGGAGAUUCCUAUCGAGGUUCUCAAGAUGUACGACUUGGAGAGUAUUGGUACCUUUGACGGAAGCUGGGCGGAAAGUGUGGACUUGACACGCUUGGUCGCUGCUGAUAAUGAGCUUGAGGAGCUAGACGACUUUGUCUUUCCCGAUAGCGAGCCCUCGUCUUUUGACGAAGCUCAGGCUAGUCAGGGAAACAUCUUUGCUGGAUUGGAGACUCUCGAUAUGCAUGGCAAUCUUCUCGUCAACGUUCCUCUGGGUAUGCGUCGGCUGACUUGCCUGACUUCUUUGAACUUGUCUUCGAACCGUCUCACAAACAAUAGCCUCGACACGAUUUCGCAGGUCACUUCUCUUCGCGAUCUAAGACUCGCAAACAACCUUUUCUACGGCCCUCUGAACCCUGUACUGGCAGGUCUCAGUGAAUUGGAGAUUCUCGACAUACAUGGUAACAACAUCUCGGCGCUCCCUCCCAAGAUCGAGAACAUGUCACGUCUUCGUAUUCUGAACCUCAGCGAAAACAGCUUUGAGUCUUUGCCUUUUGACAGCCUUGCCACCCUUUCUAUCACAGAGUUGAACGUACGAAAGAACAAGCUGAAGGGUACUCUGAUUGAGGAGCGUAUCGGGUGUUUGCCCCAGUUGCAUACUCUGGAUGCUUCGGCAAACCAGCUGGAACGAUUGAUCCCGUUGGGUGCUGCCAUUGACUUCCCCGUUCUGCACUCCUUGUCGCUGUCGAUGAACAGAUUGCAGGGACUUCCAGACAUGACAUCAUGGGUCAGCCUGUUGACGCUUUCUGUGGAAGAGAAUAGCAUUUCAGGAAUUCCCAACAGCUUCAUGAGUCUGGAGAAGCUUCGCCACGCUGAUUUCUCUAGCAACGACAUCAGAGUGAUUCCUCCAGAGGUUUCCAGAAUGGACAAUCUGACCAUGAUUCGACUCAGCGGAAACCCUCUUCGUGACAAGAAGUUUCUCUCCAUCACUACCGAAGACCUCAAAGCUGUUCUUGCAAACCGCCUAGAUCCCCCACCUCCAUACCAGGAGCCAGUCGAUCAAGUUGGCAUUUUGGAUGUUUUAAAGGAUGCAAAGGAUUCGGACACAAAGCCCGCUUACGAUGAGGAAGAUUAUCAGUCGAACGAUAGCUUUGCUACACCUCCCACAAGCCCCAACCGAUCUCGUUCGCACACAGUAUCAAGCCGACGUUCCAGGUCGCACACUCUGUCCAACCAGACUUGGCCGGUGAAGCCCGGUGGUAUCUUGGAUAGAUCCCAAACUGAGUCUUCUUCGCUCCACCCUGUCGUUUGCGCAAAGGUGGCUGCUGAAAACCGUGUUCGCCAAAUCUUCCUCCAGAACAAUCUCUUUGCUACCCUACCCAACUCACUCAGCUUCUUUUCCGAGACACUGACUGCUUUGUCUUUGUCGCACAACCAGCUGGUCGGCGAGGCAUAUCUGACUGAGGAGCUAGAGCUGUUGGCCUUAAGAGAGAUCAACCUUGCAUCCAACCACAUCACCAAUCUUCGAGCACUCACUCAAUUCCUCCACGCGCCCAGCUUGGAGAAGAUUGAUGUUACAAUGAACCGUAUCAACGCGCUCCCAACAGACCUCAAAGAGGCUUUCCCAAAUCUUAAUGUUUUGCUCGCAAGCAACAAUCAUAUUGCCAACCUCGAGCCUGAGAUGAUCAAGGGCAUCACGACGGUUGAUGUAAGCAACAACGAUAUCUCAUUUCUCAACCCCCGUAUUGGUCUUCUUGGAGGUCCUGGUCCCGGAGGACUUCAGAGAUUUGAAGUCACGGGUAACCGAUUCAGGGUUCCUCGAUGGAAUGUAUUGGAGCGAGGCACUGAUGCUACACUGCGAUGGCUACGUGGACGUGUACCUGUUGCUGAGAUGGGCGCUUGGCAAGGAGAAGAGAAUGAACCCGAUGUUGAUUAA